UAAGAUAAAGUGCACAGUGCUAGAGAAAGUAAAGUUAAGAGAGAGAAAAAGGAAUGAAAAUAUGGAUAAAUACAUGAACAAGUAUUGAGUAUUUUACAAUAUUUGUAUUUGAUAUUUGAUAAGAAGAAGAAGAAGAAGCAAAAGGGGUUCAAAUUAUAUGUAUGUAAUGUAAAGAUGAAUUAUUAUUUAAUGUUAAGUUGAAAAAUGAAAGAAGCAAAAGCAAUGCCGGGAAAAAUGGAAAGGAGAGAGAAAUGUUUGUUUUUGUUGAAGAAGAAACAGAUGAUGAAUGUUAUGUUUAUGGAGAUUCGAGCUAAUACUAUUUUUUCAUCUCUACUCUUUCUUUUUCUCCUUUUCAUUUUAAUUCUCUUUGUUCUUUAAUUCAAUCAUCAUCAAGCUCACACAAAUCUCUGUCUUUGUUAACAAAAAAUAUUCAAUUUUUCACUACCUAAAGUCUUUAUAUACUUGUGUUUCUUGAUCUGGGGUUCUCUUGAAGUUAAAAAAAAAAUUCAUUUUUUCAUUACCUAAAGUCUUUAUACUUGUGUUUCUUGAUCUGGGGUUCUCUUAUUUUAUGCUAUAGUUCAAAAAGAUUCAAUUUUUCAUUACUUAGAGUCUUUAUACUUGUGUUUCUUGAUCUGGGGUUCUCUUGAAGUUCAAAAAGAUUCAAUUUUUCAUUACUUAUAGUCUUUGUACUUGUGUUUCUUGAUCUGGGGUUCUCUUGAAGUUCAAAAAGAUUCAAGUUUUCAUUACUUAAGAGUCUUUUUAAUUGUGUUUCUUGAUCUGGGGUUCUCUUAUUUGACACUGAAGUGAAAAGUUUCUUGUUUUUUUAGGUGGGGUUGUUUAUUUAUCUAUAAAUAUUGCUAAUCUGGGGGUUUUUUGUGGCAGUUUUAGCUGUUUUGUUUAAGAGGAAUUAGUUUGAGAAUCUGACAUGAGUGUUUUUUCAGUAGUUAUUUGGUUCUGAGUUCUGGAUCUGAUCUUGAUUGUUAUGAAAAAUUUGAUCUUGGGAUCAAAUCUUGAUGAUUCUGGGAUUGGUUGAGUUGUGUUUUUAGGUUUUGAGUCAACAGAUUGGUCAAAAAGUUUCAGUCUGUUUUGUUGUCACAAGUUUCAAGUUUAUUGGUUGUGUAUAUAUAUCAAAUUCAGUGUGAGAAGUAAAUUGUUGUAAUCUGUUCUCCCUUUUGGAUAUUUAGUUAUUUCUGAGGGGAAUUUUACUCCUUGUUAUUUAUGAGGAAACUUACUCUUUGUUAAAGGAAAAAAAACAUUAAAUAUAACUUAGAAUCCACUAUUUUUAUUGUGGGUUAUAGUUUUGAUAGAGUUUCUUCUUUUAACACCAAGAAAUCAGAUUACACAAACCUUAGAUUAGGAGAAGAUUUAAAGAGUUGUUGACUUAUUUAAUUGAGUCAAAACUGAUAUACUUGGAGAGUUGACUGCUGGUCUAUGGGAGUACCUGAUAGUUCUGUACUGGAUUUGAUAGAGAAAGUUAGGACUUGGAUAUCGUGGGGUAAAAGUGAUCGAAUCGAUAUGGAUGUUAACAGUUGCAGAAACUGUUAUGAAUGCAAGAUGAAGUUUACUGAUUCUUGCCUCAAGUUCCAUUGCCUAAGUUGCAACCGAGUAUUCUGCAGGGAUUGUGUUGUGCACAUUUUUGGAUCUUCGGAUGUUGUUGAUAUCAAGAGUUGCAAAUUUUGUUCUGACCAAAGCAAUUGUAAUAAAAGCUCAAGGAAGUUUUGUGACAAAAUUUAUCCUUCUGAAUCUCCGAGGGAAAGUCCAGAACCGCCGUCACCAAAUUUCAGUAGUGACUUAUUUGAUGGUGAUUCUACCCAUGAUGCUAGUAAGAGUAGUUUUACAGCCUUUUCAAGUCAUCCAUCUCUGGUGUCUCUGCGUCACUCGCCAACCAGGAGUGAUGAUGAUGAAGGAGGGGACUGCACGAAUCAACCUUAUAGCCCAUCAACUGAUUAUUGUCAUGAUAUUUCUGAUAUAGAAUCAAGUAGUGUUAGUACUAGACAUAAAUUUUACCAUCUUGGAUCAUUUGGAUCUAGUCCUUCCAACAGCCCCUCUAGGAUUCGUUUUACUUCCAAUAGAGUUGGGCAUUCUGUACAGGACCAACAAGAGACCCCAAGGUCUCAGAAUGAUGAGGAUUCAGAGACUGCUGAUGACCGUGUUGACAAAUUGGUUUGCCGAGACCAUUUUGAGAAGCAGCAAAAGCCAUUGGAUUUUGAAAACAAUGGUCCUAUAUGGUUUCCUCCUCCACCUGAUGAUGAAGAUGCCGAGGCACAAAAUAAUUUCUUCACAUAUGAUGACGAGGAUGAUGAAAUUGGAGAGACAGGCGCAACGUUCUCAAGUGGGAGCCUUUCCAGCAUUUUCCCUGCAAAGGAGAAACAACAAUCAGAUCCAUUACAAGCUGUUGUACAGGGUCAUUUCAGGGCUCUUGUCUUGCAGCUAUUGCAAGGUGAAAAUAUACAUUCCGGGAAAGAAAGCACUGCUGAUGACUGGAUUGACAUAGUUACAUCACUAGCAUGGCAAGCUGCGAAUUAUGUGAAGCCUGAUACUAGUAAAGGAGGAAGCAUGGAUCCAGUUGAUUAUGUGAAGGUUAAGUGCAUAGCUUCAGGAAGCCGAAGUGAAAGCACCCUCGUUAAAGGAGUAGUUUGUACUAAGAAUAUCAAACACAAGCGAAUGACUUCACAGUACAAAAAUGCCCGAUUGCUCGUCUUAGGAGGAGCACUUGAGUACCAAAGAGCUGCCAAUCAGUUGGCAUCUUUUGACACCUUAUUGCAACAGGAAAGGGAGCACCUGAAGGUGAUCGUUUCAAGAAUAGAGGCCCAUCAUCCUAAUGUGCUACUUGUGGAGAAAAGUGUGUCUUCAUAUGCUCAGGAGCUUCUAUUGGCAAAAGAGAUCUCGUUGGUGUUAAAUGUUAAGGGCCCACUGCUACAGCGAAUAGCCAGGUGUACUGGUGCUCUUAUAACCCCAUCCGUUGAUAACAUAGCCACAACAAAAUUGGGACAUUGUGAACUUUUUCACUUAGAAAAGGUCUCUGAAGAGCAUGAACAUGCCAACCAGUUGAAUAAGAAGCCAGCGAAAACUCUAAUGUUUUUUGAUGGUUGUCCCAGGCGCUUAGGUUGCACGGUUUUGCUGAGGGGCUCAUGUCGUGAAGAGCUGAAGAAGCUGAAGAAGGUUGUUCAGUACGCUGUAUUUGCUGCAUAUCAUCUGUCUCUUGAGACAUCGUUCCUUGCUGAUGAGGGUGCUAGUCUACCUAAAGUGUCCCCAGCACCAUCAAUUGCAGAUUUUGAAAAUCUACCACUGUUUCUGGAACAAGAUACAGGACCUGUUGGUUCUGUUGAAAUUGAAGAACAAACUAAUGAAGGAUUGCUAGAAACUUCAGGUCAAGAAGAGAGUCAACCGAGAGAACUAGGAGAGCUGACAAAGCUUGAAAGGUCAGAUGAAACCGAAGCCUCCAAUGAAUUUUAUUCAGCUGCUGACAGUCGUCAGAGCAUAUUGGUGUCCUUCUCUAGUCGAUGUGUUCUGAAUGGAACAGUGUGUGUACGUUCUCGGCUCCUUCGCAUCAAGUUUUAUGGUUCUUUCGAUAAGCCACUUGGGCAAUAUCUUCAGGAUGAUCUUUUUGGUCAGAUGUCUUCCUGUCAAUCGUGCAAGGAGCCAGCUGAGGCUCAUGUCAUCUGUUAUACACACCAGCAGGCGAAUCUUACCAUAAACGUUAGACGUCUUCCCUCGGUGAAUUCACUUCCUGGCGAACGGGACAAAAAGAUUUGGAUGUGGCAUCGAUGCCUUAAGUGUGCACAAAUAGAGGGAGUUCCACCAGCUACUCGCAGAGUAAUAAUGUCAGAUGCCGCUUGGGGACUCUCGUUCGGGAAGUUCUUGGAACUCAGUUUUUCAAAUCAUGCAACAGCUAACCGUGUUGCUAGCUGUGGUCAUUCUCUCCAAAGAGACUGCCUCCGAUAUUAUGGGUGUGGAAGUAUGGUAGCGUUCUUCCGCUAUUCUCCUAUUGAUAUUCUGUCAGUUCGUCUGCCCCCAUUAACUCUCGAGUUUAGUGGCUACACAGAACAGGAGUGGUUAAAAAAAGAAGCUGCCGAGUUACUGUGUAAAGCCAAAGCCUUGUACGCAGAGAUAUCAAGUGCCUUUCGCAGGAUUGAAGAGAAAAGUUCCUCCUUAGAAUGUAAACUAUCCGAUACAACUCAAUUGCAUGACUGCAUCGUUGAGUUAAAGGACCUGCUUAUGAAGGAAAAGGAUGAUUACCAUGACUUUCUUCAACCGGAUGAUGAAGAAACUUUCGACCGAGGGCAGGCAGCAAUGGACAUUCUUGAGCUAAAUCGCUUGAGGCAUUCCCUCGUGAUUGCUUCGCAUGUUUGGGAUCGUCGGCUUUUGUCAGUGAAGUCCUUCCUCCAAAAGGGUUCCGGUUCAGAAGAUUGUGGAUCUUGUAAUGAGCUGAUAGAUUGGAGAAGGGACAUGUUUCUAAAUAACGACACUCUUGAACAUGUUUAUGAAGAGUCUGUGCCUGAGUUCUCCGACUUAGAUGAAUAUCCCGAGAAAGCUUUGCAGUCUGAACAGGAGGGAACUCGCGUAUCCCGAGAAAGCUCCAUGUUAACCUCAUCUGAGAGUGAGAGCAUGCAGGAAAUUCAGAUGGAAGGAGAGAAUGCAGUUAUUGCUAGAACAUCCUUGGAGCGAGCUCCUUCAGCUGCAUCGGUCCUUUCUGAUCAGAUAGAUUUUGCUUGGUCCGGCACUGACCGAUCCCCCAAAAAAGCUCAGUUGCUUCUUAUGCUACAAGGAGAUGGAUCUGAAGCUGCUCCUUUCAGACAACCAAGUCAACUUGAUUUGCCUCCUUUUAGAAGAAUAACAACACCUGCAAGAGUUCACUCGUUCGACUCUGCUAUGAGACUUCAAGACAGAAUCAAGAAAGGGUUGCCGCCUUCUUCGUUGCAUUUAUCAUCAAUUAGGUCUUUUCAUGCUUCUGGAGACUACAAGAAUAUGAUCAGAGACCCUGUUUCCAGUGUUCAGAGAACUUAUUCUCAGAUGUCACCUAGUGAGGCUCAUAAGUUUAAUCUACUAAUGGGUUCUUCGCCCUCGUUUAUUUCUUAUGCAUCUCUUAUACCCGACGGAGCUCGGUUGAUGGUGCCACAAAAUAGUCACAGAGAUGUUGUCCUAGCUGUUUAUGACAGUGAACCUACUAGCAUUAUAUCUUAUGCACUUUGUUCAAAAGUGUAUAAUGACUGGGUGGAGCCGGGUUGGAACACAAGUGACAUCAACAAGGAGGCUGGAGUGGGUCCUAGCCUUUCGGCAUGGCAAUCUUUUGGCUCUCUAGACAUGGAUUAUAUGCAUUAUGGGAGCUAUGGUUCAGAAGAUGCUUCGAGUACAAUUACGUCCCUUUUUACAGAUUCAAAAAGUUCUCCUCACCUAAGGAUCUCUUUUGAUGACGAAUCUUCGAGUAGUGGGGGAAAGGUGAAAUUUUCAGUAACUUGUUACUUUGCAAAGCAGUUUGAUGCUCUUAGGAGGAAGUGUUGUCCUGAUGAACUGGAUUUUGUACGUUCCUUAAGCCGUUGUAAAAGAUGGAGUGCUCAAGGGGGAAAGAGCAAUGUCUACUUUGCCAAGUCGUUGGAUGAAAGAUUCAUAAUAAAACAAGUUCAGAAAACUGAGUUGGACUCUUUCGAAGAAUUUGCACCGGAGUACUUCAACUAUUUAACCGAUUCUAUUAACUCACGGAGUCCGACUUGCCUUGCAAAAAUUCUUGGAAUAUUCCAGGUUUCGGUCAAACACUUGAAAGGAGGCAGGGAAACAAAAAUGGAUUUAAUCGUGAUGGAGAAUCUUUUUUUUCAAAGAAAGAUCUCCAGGGUCUAUGAUCUCAAGGGUUCUCUACGAUCCCGCUACAAUGCAGAUACAACUGGGGCAAACAAAGUGUUGCUGGAUAUGAAUCUUUUAGAAACAUUGCAUACCAAACCCAUAUUUCUUGGAAGCAAAGCAAAAAGAAGCCUCGAGCGAGCUGUUUGGAAUGAUACAUCCUUUUUAGCAUUUGUUGAUGUGAUGGACUACUCUUUGCUUGUCGGGGUGGAUGAAGAGCGAAAAGAGCUAGUCUUGGGGAUCAUCGACUUCAUGAGGCAGUAUACUUGGGACAAACACUUAGAGACAUGGGUAAAGGCAUCAGGUAUACUUGGACAAAAGAACGCUUCACCAACUAUUGUUUCUCCGAAACAAUACAAGAAAAGAUUCAGAAAAGCGAUGACGACCUAUUUUCUCACGGUACCGGAUCAGUGGUCAUCUUGAAUUUAGUUAUAUGCAUUCUUUAGAGCCUUCUGCCAAUAAGCAAACCUUGCUAAUUGAACAUAUUUGCAGAUGAAGGAAAGGUUAGAUAUUAUCCCAGUUGGUUCUUAUUUGUUUUGCCAUCUGGUGUUAAAAGGGUAUGAUGAGAAGUAGGGGUUGUCAUCUUUGUUAAGAAAUCUUGCAAAGUAUACAUUUGACCAUCUGUACAUUUAUACAAAAGCUUCAUUAAGUAAAUGAAAUGAAAUGUGUCUUGUUACA